UGGAAUAGGGGAAGCUGGAAUGGGAAUGGGAUGAGUUUUAAGGUCCCUUCCCACCCAAAGCAUUCCAGGAUUCCGUGAUCCAUGGAAGCUUGGGGUGACACAGCCAGUGCCAGCUCCUUCGUGUCCCUGAGUCCCACCACGGCCACACUGGGACAUCCAAACCGGGACUGAUCCAAGGAUUCCCAGGGAUACCCAUUCCCAAAAAAACCCUGCCCUGCCUGGAGACAGGACCGGGCUGGGGUAAAGCACCACAAAUCCAUGGAUUAGCAGUAUCCCAGGGGGAAAUUCCCAACAAAGUGAUGGACCAGAGAGCACAGCUCCACCAGGAACCGGCUCCAGCUGCUCCCAGGGUUUGCAGCUCUUCUGGGAUUUCCCUUCUCCCGGCUCUCCUGCAGCCGGUCCGGGAUGCACCGGGAAUUCCCGGUGAAUCAGGACCGUGGUCAGAUCCUCUCCGACCACGAGCUGCUCUCCAGACCAGCAUCUCCAUAGAGAUCCGCUACCAGGCUCUGGAUGGCACCGUGGGCACCUGGAAUGACAAGGAAUUCCUGGAGACGCCCAGCGUGCACUCGGAAGGGGAUGGAAGGUAUUCCUUGGAGACCGACAGCCUCCUGUCUGGCCACCGGCACGGCUCCGACGUCUCUCCCGGGAAAUCCAACCAGCAGUCCACGGAGAGGAGCUUCAGGAGAGCUGGAAAAGGAGUUUUUUCAGCCAUGAAGCUUGGGAAGACACGUCCGUCCAAGGAUGAGCAUCGGAAGCAAGACGAUCCGGCUGUUCUGGAAACAGAAGACCUGGAUAGAAAGGCCAUGAGAUACGGAGCAGGCCUGGAGCCAGACACCAUCUCCCUGGCCUCUGUCACUGCUGUCACCACCAAUGUCUCCAACAAAAGGUCCAAGCCGGACAUCAGGAUGGAGCCGAGUGCCGGAAGGCCCAUGGAUUACCAGGUCAGCAUCACCAUCAUUGAGGCCCGGCAGCUGGUGGGGCUCAACAUGGACCCCGUGGUGUGCGUGGAGGUGGGCGAGGAGAAGAAAUACACGUCCAUGAAGGAAUCCACCAAUUGUCCGUACUACAACGAGUAUUUCGUCUUCGAUUUCCACGUCCCCCCAGAUGUCAUGUUCGACAAGAUCAUCAAGCUCUCUGUGAUCCACUCCAAGAACCUCCUGCGGAGCGGGACGUUGGUGGGGUCCUUCAAGAUGGAUGUUGGGACUGUUUAUACCCAGCCUGAGCACCAGUUCUACCACAAAUGGGCCAUCCUGUCCGACCCCGAGGACCUCACAGCCAGCCUCAAGGGCUACCUCAAGUGUGACAUCGCCGUGGUGGGCAAAGGGGACAACAUCAAGACCCCGCACAAGGCCAACGAGACGGACGAGGAUGACAUCGAGGGGAACCUCCUGCUCCCGGACGGGGUCCCCCCGGAGCGGCAGUGGGCUCGGUUCUACAUCAAGAUCUACCGUGCCGAGGGGCUGCCGCGGAUGAACACCAGCAUCAUGGCCAACGUCAAGAAGGCCCUCAUCGGGGAGAACAAGGACCUGGUGGACCCCUAUGUGCAGGUGGCCUUCGCGGGGCAGAAGGGAAAGACAUCCAUACAAAAGAGCAGCUACGAGCCCCUCUGGAAUGAGCAAAUCAUCUUCACAGAGAUGUUUCCCCCACUGUGCAAACGGAUCAAGGUCCAGAUCCGGGACUCGGACAAGGUCAACGACGUGGCCAUCGGGACCCAUUUCAUCGAUCUGAGGAAGAUCUCCAAUGAAGGGGACAAAGGUUUCCUGCCCACCUUCGGCCCCGCCUGGGUGAACAUGUACGGCUCCACCCGGAACUACACCCUCAUGGAUGAGCACCAGGAGCUCAACGAGGGCCUGGGCGAGGGCGUCUCCUUCCGCGCCCGGCUCCUGCUGGGCCUGGCCGUGGAGAUCCUGGACACCACCAACCCCGAGAUCAACAGCUCCACCGAGGUGCAGGUGGAGCAGGCCACGGCGGUGGCUGACAACUGCAGCGGGAAGAUGGAGGAAUUCUUCCUCUUCGGCGCCUUCCUGGAGGCCACCAUGAUCGACAGGAAGAUCGGGGACAAACCCAUUAACUUUGAGGUCACCAUAGGUAACUAUGGCAACCAGGUGGAUGGCUCCAGCAAACCCCUCCUGCGGAGGAAGAAGGAGGGAGGGGAUGGGGACGACGAGGAGUCAGAGCUGCUCCAGAAUUCCAGUGAGGAUGAAGGUGGUGAGGAUGGAGAGCUGGUCUCCGUUUCUUCAUCCCAGCCCAUGAAGCCUCUGGUCACGGACAGGAAUUACUUCCACCUGCCCUACCUGGAGAAGAAGCCCUGCAUUUACAUCCGGAGCUGGUGGCAGGACCAGCGGCGCCGGCUCUACAACGCCAACAUCAUGGACAAGAUCGCGGACAAACUGGAAGAGGGGCUCAACGACGUGCAGGAGAUGAUCAAGACAGAGAAGCCGCACCCAGAGCGCCGGCUCCGCGGGGUCCUGGAGGAGCUGAGCAGUGGCUGCCUGCGCUUCCUGACCUUGGCUGACAAGGACCAGCAUCACUCGUCCCGCACGAGGCUGGACCGGGAGAGGCUCAAAUCCUGCAUGCGGGAGCUGCCCCAGCACACGAUUCCCGACGUUUUCAUCUGGAUGAUGAGCAACAACAAGCGCAUCGCCUAUGCCCGCAUCCCUUCCAAGGACAUCCUGUACUCCAUCGUGGACGAGGAGAUGGGCAAGGACUGCGCCAAAGUGAAGACGGUUUUCCUCAAGCUCCCCGGAAAGAGGGGGUUCGGCCCGGCUGGAUGGACAGUCCAGGCCAAGAUGGAGAUCUACCUGUGGCUGGGCCUCAACAAGCAGCGCAAGGACUACCUGAGCGGCCUCCCCUGCGGGUUUGAGGAGAAGAAAGUGCCCCGAGGCCAAAACCUGCCCUCCUUCCCACCCAUCAGCCUCCUGUACACCAAGAAACAGGUGUUCCAGCUGCGAGCCCACAUGUACCAAGCCAGGAGUCUGUUCGCAGCCGACAGCAGCGGCCUCUCGGAUCCCUUCGCACGGGUCUUCUUCAUCUCCCAGAGCCAGUGCACCGAGGUUCUCAACGAGACCCUUUGCCCAACCUGGGACCAGCUCCUGGUGUUCGACAACGUGGAGCUGUACGGGGAAGCUCACGAGAUGCGGGAUGACCCCCCCAUCAUCGUCAUCGAGAUCUACGACCAGGACACCGUGGGAAAAGCCGACUUCAUGGGCCGAACAUUCGCCAAGCCGGUGGUGAAGAUGUCGGAUGAGCAGUACUGCCCCCCGCGCUUCCCGCCGCAGCUGGAAUAUUACCAGAUCUACCGCGGCAACGCCACAGCCGGGGACCUGCUGGCCGCCUUCGAGCUGCUCCAGAUCGGCCCUGGGGGUAAAUCAGACCUGCCCCCAAUCGAUGGCCCCACGGACAUGGACCGAGGUCCCAUCCUGCCGGUGCCUCUGGGAAUUCGGCCAGUGCUGAGCAGAUACAGAGUGGAGAUCUUGUUCUGGGGGCUCAGGGACCUGAAGAGAGUGAACCUGGCCCAAGUGGACCGGCCCCGCGUGGACAUCGAGUGUGCCGGGAAGGGCGUCCAGUCUGCCCUGAUCCAGAACUACAAGAAAAACCCCAACUUCAGCACUUUGGUCAAGUGGUUCGAGGUGGACCUCCCGGAGAACGAGCUGCUGCACCCGCCCCUGAACAUCCGCGUGGUGGACUGCCGGGCCUUCGGGCGCUACACCCUGGUGGGCUCCCACACCGUCAGCUCCCUCCGCAAGUUCAUCUACCGCCCGCCCGAUAAGAAAGCCCAGCACUGGAACAUGGCAGCCAAACACCUCAACGGCUGCCUGGCCAUGACCAGCAGGGCCCAUCGCUCUCGCCCCACAGGGGAGAUCGUUGUCAACAUGGAGCCCGAGGUUCCCAUCAAGAAGAUGGACACGAUGGUGAAGCUGGAAGCUAAUUCCGAUGCAGUGGUGAAGGUGGAUGUGACCGAGGAGGAGAAGGAGAAGAAGAAGAAGAAGAAGAAAGGAGGAGGAGGAGGAGGUGGGGAGGAAGCGGAGGAGGAAGAACCGGACGAGAGCAUGUUGGACUGGUGGUCCAAGUACUUUGCCUCCAUUGAGACGAUGAAGGAGCAACUCCGGCAGCAGGAAGCAGCCGCGGCUGAGGCAGAGGAGAAGGAAGAGACGGAGAUUGGAGAGGGCUCCAAGGCUCAGGUGAAGAACAAGGACAAGGACAAGUCCAAGGCACCCAAAGACGACAAGAAAAAGAAGCAGCAGCCUGUCCCUGAGCUCCCUGAGAAGAAGAACAAGCAGAAGAUCGAUGAACUCAAGGUCUUCAACAAAGAGCUGGAAGCAGAGUUUGACAACUUUGAGGAUUGGCUGCACACCUUCAACCUGCUCCGGGGGAAGAUUGGGGACAACGACGACAACGCCACAGAGGAGGAACGGAUCGUGGGGAGGUUCAAAGGCUCCAUCUGCGUCUACAAAGUGCCGCUCCCCGAUGACAUCACCAAGGAGGCAGGAUACGACCCCACCUUCGGGAUGUUCCAGGGGAUCCCCAGCAACGACCCCAUCAACGUGCUGGUCCGAGUCUACAUCGUGCGGGCCACGGACCUCCACCCUGCUGACAUCAACGGGAAAGCCGAUCCCUACAUCGCCAUCAAGCUGGGCAAGACGGACAUCAAGGACAAGGAGAACUACAUCUCCAAGCAGCUGAACCCCGUCUUUGGGAAAUCCUUCGAUAUCGAGGCCACCUUCCCCAUGGAGUCCAUGCUGACCGUGGCCGUGUACGACUGGGACUUGGUGGGCACUGACGACCUCAUCGGGGAGACCAAGAUCGACCUGGAGAAUCGCUUCUACAGCAAGCACCGGGCCACCUGCGGCGUGUCCCAGACCUACUCCAUCCACGGGUACAACACCUGGCGUGACCCCAUGAAGCCCUCCCAAAUCCUGUCCAAGUUGUGCAAAGAGGGAAAAGUGGAUGGGCCGCACUUCGGGCCAGGGGGAAGAGUGAAAGUUGCCAACAGGGUCUUCACCGGCCCCACGGAAAUCGAGGAUGAAAAUGGCCAGAAGAAGCCGACAGACGAGCACCUGGCGCUGGCCGUGCUGCGGCACUGGGAGGACAUCCCGUGGGCCGGCUGCCGCCUUGUCCCCGAGCACGUGGAGACACGGCCGCUGCUCAACCCCGACAAGCCGGGCAUCGAGCAGGGCCGCCUGGAGAUGUGGGUGGACAUGUUCCCUAUGGAUAUGCCAGCGCCCGGGCCUGCCAUCGACAUUUCUCCCAGGAAACCAAAGAAGUACGAGCUCAGGGUGAUCGUGUGGAACACCGACGAGGUCAUCCUGGAGGACGACGACUACUUCACCGGAGAGAAAUCCAGCGACAUUUUCGUCAGGGGGUGGCUGAAGGGGCAGCAGGAGGACAAGCAGGACACGGAUGUCCAUUACCACUCCCUCACCGGUGAAGGCAACUUCAACUGGCGCUACAUCUUCCCCUUCGACUACCUGAUGGCCGAGGAGAAGAUCGUCAUCUCCAAGAAGGAGUCCAUGUUCUCCUGGGAUGAGACCGAGUACAAGAUCCCAGCCCGCCUCACCCUGCAGGUCUGGGACGCCGACCACUUCUCGGCCGAUGAUUUCCUGGGAGCCAUCGAGCUGGAUCUGAACCGCUUCCCCCGGGGGGCCAAGACGUCCAAGCAGUGCAGCCUGGAGAUGGUGACCAACGAGGCCGAGCUGCCCAUGAUCUCCAUCUUCAAGCAGAAGCGGGUCAAGGGCUGGUGGCCCUUCGUGGCCAGGGACGAGAACGAUGAGCUGGAGAUCACCGGCAAAGUCGAGGCCGAGCUGCACCUUCUGACGGCGGAGGAGGCUGAGAAAUCCCCCGCUGGGCUGGCUCGAAAUGAGCCUGAUCCCCUGGAGAAACCCAACCGCCCGGACACGUCGUUCAUCUGGUUCCUGAACCCUCUCAAGUCCAUCAAAUACCUCAUCUGCACCCGCUACAAGUGGCUCAUCAUCAAGAUCGUGCUGGCCCUGCUGCUCCUCAUCAUGGUGGCCCUGUUCCUCUACAGCAUGCCGGGAUACAUGGUCAAGAAGCUGCUGGGAGCAUGAGUGGCGGGAGCCUCUCCUGCAUUCCCAGCCCUUUGCACAAUCUUCCCAGCUCCAUGUCCCCAUGUCUUCCCCUCCCUGUGACCUCUGGGCAGCCCUGGGGGCAUCUCCUCCCUGCUGCUGCCACUGCCGGGUCUCCUCUUUGCAUUCCCUCUCUGUGGGUCUCAUUCAGGCUUUAAUCCCAGGGAAAUGGGGCGGGAGCACGGCACGGAUCUCCAGACCCUGCAUCCCGCACCGGCGCUGGGAGAGGCGCCCAGCUGGCUCCUGUGGGAGCCUCCGAGACCUCUGCCCACUGGGGUCAUGGUUGGUGCCUUCCUGGGAAUCAGGGGAAGGAGAGGGGGGCUGGGGCUGCAUCACUUGGAUGAUUGGGGGAGUGCUCCAGAAAGGCUCCUUGGAGGGAUGUUCAGGAUCCAGCAGGGACCUGGGAUGGAGCAGCUGGGGACGUGCCAGCCCCACCAGAGCGAGGGCACAGAGCAUCCCCAGUGCCUGUCCCCCGCUGCCAGCACCAUCCCUGCUCCGCUCAGAGCUCUGGAGGUCACAUUCCCUGGCACGGGGGUCUGUCCCACCUCAGGAAUGCUGGGCACGGUGCCCCAGCAGGCCCCGCAGAGAGCCCUGGGGUGGGCCAGGGGCAGACCCUGCCCUUCCCUCCCACGGCUCCAGCGGAGACCGGGACGUGUCCCACAGCUCAGACGUCUUCCCAAGGUCACCCACCCAGAGGUGGCUGUGGCUGGACAUCCCCAGGGCUCACAGCUCCCCUGGCACGGUGCGAGCUCCCGGUGCCCCUCUGGAUUCUCCGUGUAUUUUGUUUGGCUUGGUGAUUCUUGUGGCCGGAGUCCUUCUGGCCGUGUGUCCUCGGGAAGGGCUCUUUCCUCGGCUCUCCGCGAUCUCUAGCUGCUGCAGAGCUGCCUUUCUCAGCUCCCGGUGUGCAAGACCCCCACUGAAGAACUGAGGACAUCUCAGAGAUGUUUUAAUGAGGAUAUUACUAUUCCAAUCAGUCAAUAAAAACCAGCUUUAACAUC